CGCUGGUCUAUCAGGAACGCAGAAAGGCGAUGCCAACGAUUACUGCUCUUCCGGUCGCGUCAAUACACCAGAUUACCUCAAACCAAGUCGUUAUAUCCCUCGAGACAGCCGUGAAGGAACUUGUGGAGAACAGUCUCGAUGCUGGAGCAGGAAGCAUAGAGGUCAAGUUCAAGAACUAUGGAGUCAAGAGCGUGGAGGUCGUAGAUAAUGGGUCCGGAGUGGCAGAGGACGACUGGGAAAGCAUUGGUCUAAAACACCACACCUCAAAGUUGUCUUCCUUCGAUGACCUUGCAACUGUAUCAUCAUUUGGUUUUCGUGGAGAGGCCGUGUCAUCCCUGUGUGCAAUGUGCGAGCGUAUAACCGUAGCGACGCGUGCCGACGGUCCCAUAGGCGUCGUCCUUGAUCUUGACAAGACUGGGAAAAUAAAGACAAAGAAAAGGGCUGCGAGGCCGCGCGGAACGACACUAACACUUCUCAAUCUCUUUGCCCCACUGCCAGUUCGGAGAAAGGAGUUUGAGCGAAACGCCAAGCGAGAAUAUGGUAAAACAUUAUCCCUUCUUCAAGCAUACGCGUUAGUUCCGUGCACAAGGAAGAAUGGCGUCAGACUUCUUGUCAGUAACCAGAUCGAUAAAGGACAAAAAUCCACUCCCAUUCAAACUCAAGGCUUACCGUCAUUGCGAGCGUCUGUGAUUGCCCUCUGGGGCAGCAAGUCCCUUGAUGGUGUACAAGACUUAGACCUGUCUUUUUCGAUCCCCCGUGUUCAGGUUCGCAGACGGGGAAAGGCAAAGGAAGUUGAUUCAACGACGAGUGCUAUUGAAGUUUGCAUUCGUGGUCUAAUCUCAUCCCCUGGGUGUGGCAGGAGUAGCACCGAUAGGCAAUUCCUCUACGUUAACGGACGUCCCUGCGGAUUAGCCAAAAUACAGAAGACGAUCAACGAAGUAUAUCGCGCAUUUACACCCAAUCACAACACCGCUUCCCAGGCUCCUUUUGUUGUGGCCGAUUUCGAGAUACCCACUAGUACAAUUAGCGUUCUAUUCCUUCGAUGUGAUUUCGCUCACCUUCAGCCAAAGAUACCUAUGAUGUGAAUGUGACCCCCGAUAAGAGAUCACUCUUCUUGCAUAAUGAAGUUGCCGUAUUGGAGGGACUGAAGUUUUCUUUGUCCAUUCUGUCCAACAUUCCGGUAGUUAAGACUACAAACAUUUUUCAUGUCUAGAAGCUCCACGUACGAAGUCGAGAGCUCUGAACAAGGUAAUCCCGAACCAUCAACACAGACAAGCAGCUC